AUGAUGGUUUUAAGUGAUCGUCAGAAAGAGUCUAUUAAGGCAAUGGGUUUCGGGGGCUUGUUAGGUCUGAGUGUCAAUGGGAUUCCUGAGAAGUUAGCCUUCCAUGUGGUGGAUAGUUUUGAUGCGAAGUCGAUGACGUUAAACAUAGGUAACGCCAGCCUGGUGGUUGACGCGGGGUUGAUUAGCAAAUUGUUAGGGAUACGAAACACAGGUUUGAGGUUUGCUGAUGUCGAGGUAGCCAAGACGCUUCCUCCAUCGUUGAAGGCGUGGCGGGCACGCUUCCCACCAACAACUUACAAAGCCCCUUCAUUGAUUUCGGCCGAAAUACAGAAGGACACGUAUUCGGACAUGGCGUUUUUUCGUACCGAUUUUGCCUUGCUUUUCCUCACUGCGAUGGGCAGUUCACAGCAGAACGGUUAUGUCAAAGACAAGAUUUUGAAGCGUUUGACAGCGGAAACAAGAUACGAAGAUUACAAUUGGUGUGAAUUCAUUAUCGAGUGUUUGAGGAAGUGUAAGAAAAAAUGGAGGCCAUCGGACCCCAAGUGUUGCUGGGUUGGGCCGUUGACGGUCCUGACGUUGUUGUAUGUAGACUGCACGCAGCAGCCAGCGUGCAACACCGGCGUUGGGGUCCGCGCACUUCAUUACUGGACAAAAGAUCUUUUGACGCGUCGUCAGGACUACGAGAUAGCGAACGGAGGGUUCGGGCGUGGACGGGUGAAACCUCUAAGUGAGGCCCCAGCUGAAAACGGUGGAGCUGAACAGGCGAGCAUUGUGGAUGAAUGGUUACAAGAGUUAGCUGCUUUAAGGUCCAAAAUAGAGAAGACCUUAAGCGAUCGGUUGAACCUGGAUCCGGACAACGAGGAUCAUAGGAGGUUGAAGCGGAAAUACCUCGAAGUGUUAGACAUGUUGCCAUGUCUGCCGGAUGAGGGAUUAGAGACCUUCGAGGAAGGCGACAUGCUGAAUAGAACAGCCGGGGGUUCUUCCAGCCCUCCGUCCGCCCUAGCAGAGGGGGUUGAGCAAGCGGCGCAAGACGACACAAAUGUUGCUUCUGAUUCUGCCGACGAAUACGAAGAGUGUAAUUUAAAUGUGUUGAUAGCAGGUAUCGCCAAAACCGCAGUAGAGGGGGACGGCGCGAGCCUGAGAGAUGUAAGCAUAGUCUGUGACACCUUUCCAGGGACGCGUGGCGCUGCGGGUGGAGACGAUGCCGACGAUGGCGCCGAUGAACCAGAUAUGGGCAAUGUUGGGGCUGUUACCGCAUGUAGUGGCGGUGCUGGGUACAAGCAGGCUGAAAGUUUGGAGGGGGUGAAUCACGGGGAAGACCAGUUGGCGGUUGACAGCCAGGGUACAGUGAGCUUGGGGGAUAACAGUCAAGUCGAUGCUAGCGUGCCGGUCGAAACGAGAGUGGGGCGCUCGGAUGUUGAGAGCCCGGCGAAUGUUGGCAAGUCAGACUCGGGUGACGUUACGGGCGGUCCUGAAGCCACGCCCGAUGAUGGGAACAAAGAAACGGGCGCAACCGUCGACGACGGUGUUGAAAAUGCACAGGCGGAUGUUGAUGGGAGCCCACCUGCCGCCGACGUUUUGCAGCAGCAGGCUGCCUCAUUGCUUCGGCCCCUGGCUGUAUGCGGGCUGUUUGCUCCGUUGGUUGGAUCACCCAGGCUCGCAGCCGAAAUUGAAAAUGUUUCAGAACCUGGAACAGGGGUGGCCGCUGAACGGACUGAUGGCGUGACAACGGAAGGGGUGCAAGUGAGCGUUAAGACUGGCGGAGGUGUUGACGGUGGCAGAAGCCGGGUGGGGGGCAGUAGCCAGCCGAGUUUUAGCUUGGGGAUCUCGCAGGAAGUAGCGUGUGGCGCGGGAGCAGGCGAAAAAUCACCUGUAGCAGGUGUCCAGACUGACUUCGGACCCGGGCCUUCGGAUGAUCUGGACGUGUCGGCCACCAUAUCUAGCCCUGUCAGAAGCCCUCUAAGCUUCAAGUCAUGGGUGCGCGAAGGUGAGGCCCCUACGAAGGUUGAUGUUGCGUCGGGUAGCCAACCUAGUUUCAGUCUGGGGAUAUCGCAGAGUGUGCCUUGUGAGCGGCAGCCAAACGGGAAAAACUCGAGUAAUGAGGCCGGAUCGGGUUCCGUACGUAGUGGUGGUGCGGGCGGCACCGACGGUGCAAGAAGACGUUUAGGAGCUGAUAUCUGCGGCUGGGUCCCUAUUGCAACCCGGGGCCCGUUCGACAUGGCAGAGGGCAGUAAGCGCACGGGGACUGGGGGGCACUCGAAGCAAACGGAGCCUAUUCAAGCAAGACCAAUCAGAGCGUUUCACGAGAAGCCGCGCUUGCGUUCCAACCCUGAUGAUGUCGAGAUAGACCCAAAACAAAGCACGACGCUGGAACUUUCGGCAUGGCGGUUGCUUUUCCGUAAGCGGACAAAGAAUGGGCUGUUGAAGCAAGCACUAUUUGAAAUGACCGAGAGUGAUCCAUCCAUACAGGUCAACCCGGACGAUGCAUGCGAUAACUUUCCAUAUGUGAUGUUUGAAGACAUGUUUGGGGCACGGGUGGAAACUAUAGCCCUUCAAUCCCUGGAGAUUGGAAGCAAUGUAGCCGGGUCAGUAGUCGAUGCAUGGGCGCACGUCCUCAACGGUGACCCAAAAUUUUCAAUCCCCCGGGAUGCCUAGACGCUUGUUUUGCGUCCACACAGCCGUGGUUGACUGGAUGUUAAGCUUGGAGACAGACCCUGAUGGGGGUCGCGUGUCUGCGUUUGAAUGUGGGCUCAAGAGUAGCCUGGCCGGGCGACAUCACCUGCUGGACCUGCGAGCGUUCGACAUGGUCUUUGUGACAAUGCUAGAGGGAGACCACUACUACCUUGUAGUUUUUGAUUUGGAGGCCGAGUGCAUACACCUCGUUGACCACUUGGGCGACAGGGGGUCUGGGGCAUUGUUAAGGGAUGACGACAGCUAUAUCAUGAAGUCAACACCGUUUAAAGUGUUGGUGAAUCAUCCCAAAGCGACAGCAAUGCAAGCGAGUCUCAUUAUGCGCGAGGACCUUCCAUGGUCUACAACCCGCAGAAUUGUAGCGCCGUUUGUUGAGUCCGGCAUAUUCGCAAUGCGCCAUAUGGAACAGUUUGUGGGUUCCAGGCGAAGUUUCUUCUGUGGGUUUAGUGUCUACGGGGCGCGGAAAAAAGUCCAGUGCAAUUACUUACGCAAAAGGUAUGCUGCGGAGAUAAUGUUGUCCCCCGUGAACAAAUAUGGCGACGUCAUUCGACAUCGGUUGCAGUUUGUGUAGUCAUUGUUCUGACAUGUUAGCCAGUCACUUUUUUUUUGAAUGGGGGUAUUAUGGGUUGGGCGUCUUUUGGGGUGGUUUUUAGCAAGCUUAGACAAUGACUUUUUUGUUUUGGGACGAUUGACAGAUGUGUUUCUGUGGGUCACUAGGACAACCGCAUGUUGGUUGACUAAAAACACCCAGUAGGGGGUGGUUUUAAAAAAAAAAUUCCCUUUCCUUUUUUGUU